UAUUUGGUCUUCUUCUAAAGUCUCAACCCCCCUUUUUUAAUGCCUAGUCCAUUGCACCAUUCAAAGACUUGACACCUCUCUCCUUCUCUCUCUAUCUCUCUCUUCUUUCUCUCUCUAUAAUUUUUCUUGGAUUUAUGGCCAAAGGAAGUGGACUCUCCAUUGAUUCAGAUCCAAUAGGUUUCUUUAUGCACAAACCCACAGUACUCAACUCCUUUGAAGAAGACUUCAGCAACCACCAUCACAACAAGAAGAUCAGUAAUCAGAACCAUCUUAUUCGUCCUGCUUCUUCCAUGGAUGCAAGCACUAUUCACCAUGAAAGGUCUCCUCCUCAUCAAACUCUUCAGUUCCCAGUCAACCUCAAUUGCACCCACCACAAAGAUUCUCCGGAGCCAUCCGAGGAGAAUAAUAAUCGGACCGUCAUCGACGAGAUGGAUUUCUUUGCCGAGAACCGAAACCGGGAUAUCAAGCCUUCUCCGGCCCAUCAUCAUGAUAUUGUUGAUCAUCACAAAAGCUUUAAUGAUCUAAUCGAUUUCCAGAUGAACGUAAACACUGGUUUAAAUCUUCUCACAACAAAUACCAGUAGUGAUCAAUCAAUGGUGGAUGAUGGUGUAUCAAACGACGCAGCUGCAGACGACAAGAAACCUACAACUGAGCUGGUAGGUCUUCAUACUGAGUUUCAACGAGUGAAAUCCGAGAACCAGCGAUUAAAAAACACGCUUAGCCAAGUGACCAACAACUACAACGCUCUACAGAUGCAUCUAUGCAGCUUAAUGCAAUCUCGAAAGUCUGAUGGAAAAGUAGAAGAUGGUAAUCAUGAUCAAUAUGAUGAUCAGAAUAAGCUCAACGGUAGUGGUAAUGAAGGAACAGUACAGCCAGUCGUGCCAAGAAGGUUUAUGGAUCUUGGGCUCGCCACCAACGGUGAAGCCGAAGAGACCUCGCUGUCUUCAUCGGAAGAAAGACGAUCGGAGUCAGUCAAAAAUGGCCACGGCGGAGGCGGAGGCGGAGAUGAGCUCGAAAAGAAGGAAGUCAACCGAGCAUUAAUUGCGAGAGAAGAUAGCCCAGAUCAAUCGUCUCAAGCUGGUUGGGCUCCAAACAAGGUGCCCAGAACGACGUCGUCUGGUUCUGUCAAAGAUGCUGAACAAACUGAAGCUACCAUGAGGAAGGCUCGGGUUUCGGUUCGAGCUCGAUCGGAGGCACCUAUGAUUGCUGAUGGUUGUCAAUGGCGUAAAUACGGGCAAAAAAUGGCGAAGGGAAACCCAUGUCCUCGAGCUUAUUAUCGAUGCACCAUGGCUUCUGGCUGCCCAGUUCGAAAGCAAGUACAAAGAUGUGCAGAAGAUCGAACGAUCCUCGUGACAACAUACGAAGGCAAUCACAGCCAUCCAUUGCCACCUCCGGCGAUGGCGAUGGCGUCAACGACAUCGUCCGCCGCACGAAUGUUGUUAUCGGGCUCCAUGUCGAGCUCGGACGGCAUAAUGAACUCGAACUUUCUAGCCAGAGCCAUUCUUCCUUGCUCCUCAAGCAUGGCCACUAUAUCAGCCUCAGCUCCAUUCCCCACUGUUACAUUGGACCUCACUCAAUCCCCCAACCCUCUACACCUCCAAAAGCCACCUCAACCGCCUCAGUUCCACUUCGCUUUGCAGCAAAACUCAAGCUCGGCCCCCGCCGCCGCAGCAGCACUACUGCCUCUUUUCGGUCAGGCGAUUUAUAACAACCAGUCCAAAUUCUCUGGCCUUCAAAUGUCUUCACUUGGCCAAGAAAAUAGUUUGGCUCCAGCAACGAUGGCAGCUCGUUUAUUAGGUCACCAGUCCUUUUCGUCAUCGUCGCCGCCACAGAGUUCUUUGAGUGACAGUGUCACUGCUGCCACCGCGGCCAUUGCCGCUGAUCCCAACUUUACAGCAGCAUUAGCCGCCGCUAUCACCUCUAUCAUUAGUGGAAAUCAUCCGAAUAACGUGAGUAACAACAAUAACAAUGCCAGCAAUAAUGGAAAUACCAAUGCUACUAAUAGCAACAGCAGCUAGCUAGUUUGGAGCUUAAACUAUUACAAUAUUAUAUAUACGUACCCAGGAGUACUGUUAAUCUUGCCAAGUUUUAUUUUUGUUAUUUUCCUUCAUUUUUUUCGGAGAGAUUUUUUCUUUCUUUGGUAUAAAGAAAAAAAUAUGUGAAAAUAUAUAUAGGUAAUAAUAUAUAUAGAUUUUUUCUUCUUUUAUUUCUCCACUUUUGUGGCAGGACCAGUUGGAUUAAAAACAACUGAUGUUUUUGUUUUUUGUUUUUUUUAUUCUUUCUUCAAUAAUAAUGUAAUGGAGAAGAAGAAAUAGGAAAGAAAUGAAGAAAGGGAAGGAAGUUCGUUUAAUAUGUUUAUGUAGAUUUUUCAAUGGAUAUUAUUAUUAUCAUAAUUAUAGUUUGUUUGUCUAAUUA